AUUGCAGUCAGUUUGUGUUUCUUCUCAACGCGAUCAACAUCGUUAGCCCCUGAAAAACGAUGUGGUUCUAUUCAGUGUUUGUGUGUUGCCUUUUGAUGGCGCAAAUCAACAUCAAUCUAGCAAAAAAUAUUGCAACUACUGACAACCCAUCUACCGACGAGGAUGGUGAUAGACUUUUGAAUGUUCAAACUAAAUUGCUUAAGAUUCAAGAUGAAAUCAUAUCCAUCACAGCAGAAAUGGGAAUUGCUGAGACUUUGGACUUUGUUUCGGAUAAAGUUGCUGCCACUGAGCGGCAUUUCGAGAGUUUCAAGGAAGAUCUUUCCAAAGAACUUAUGAAGCAAACUAUGAGCGGAUGCAGUCUGAACGCCAAGAAGAUGCUAAAUAACCAGUAUGUUGCUGUUGCCUUUCAACUGAAAAACUUGAAAUCGAGUCUGAAGGCUUAUCAGGAAAAGCGCCUACCAUCUGACACAAUAGAAGACAUCAAGGCCUUGCGAUUUGAAUUGGCUGAACAAAAGUUGAAGCAAAUGAAAAACUUCGAAGACGUUUCGAAAAUCAUUCGAGCUGUGUACACAAAUUGCUCAGAUAAUUUCGAUGUUUUAGCCAACUUGAUCGAGAGUCUCAAAGACAUAAGGAUCAUUGAUUUUUCUGUGAGGGCUUUGCAACAGGAAAUGGCUAAAAAUGAUCAACAAAGAAGUCCCUUCAAAUGGAUACGUUUGGCUCAAAUUUUAAAAACAGGACUUAUAAAUCAAUCCAAGGCAGAAUUUGCACAUGGCACUGAGGAUGAACUCAAACAUUCGAUCAGAGAUUUCACUCUGGAAGCUUUAAAUGCUUCUGUAAGCAGAGGAAAAUUCGAGAGGAACGGAGAAAUGGACAAUCUGACUACAGCAAUAUAUCUCCUGGAUCCUCUGCAAUCGGAGAGCAUAAUAGAAGAGUUCGUGGCUACAAAUUAUGGACAAGUGUCCGCAAAGAAGAUCCUCGAAACAAUUUUAAGUCAUAGAUUCAUUCAGCAGAGGGCAAAGGGGAUUAGUGUUCUAUUUUGGGAAAUAAAAAACGCUGAAAACCUUAAUUCUGAUGUGGUUAUCAAAAUUGCUUCGGCUUUACACAAACUCCGUUUGGAUAAGGAAUUUGAAAACCUUACCAAAGCACAACAAGAUGAAGUGGAUAAAAUAAUUGAGAAUCUUCCUGUAUGUGCCAGGAAUCUAUUUUUCCUGCCAUCUGUGUGUUUCUGGAAUAAAGCAAAGGAGGAAUACCUCACUGCUGGGAACAUGAGCUCCAACUAUGACAACUCAAGACGUAAUGUAUUUUCAACAGAUCCAUUGCCCGAAAGUCAGUGGAAGGUCAACACAACAGGCGAUGGUGAAAACUUUUUAUUUUCAAGUCGCACUUAUGCCGAAGAGUAUUUGUAUGCAGCAGCUUUUGAUUUCAAUGAAGACUUACGUUAUGUAUUUAAUUGGAUUCCGGGAAAAAAUCUUGAUAAGCAAAGCGAAUGGAGUAUUGAAUUGGAUGAUGAUUAUUGUUUUAUAAAGAGUGCAAUGUACAAUGAAUAUUUGUUUUCAUCGAAUAUCAAGAGACCUGAUACGAAUAAUUUGCGCUAUGUGUUUACAUGGGUGCCGGGGCAUUCAAUUAGAGAACCAAAGUUUCAAUGGCAAAUUAGAAAAUGUAAUUAAAUUGACUGAAAAUAUACAAAAUAUAAAUAAAUAGAAUGUACAAUAAUAA